AUGACUUUGCCUAUAAAUAGGAUAUAUGUAAUUGGCAAUUCUUCCUUUGCUCAUCAAAAGCUUCGUCCACUUCUCCACCUUUUCUUCUACAUUAUGUUCUCCAAAUAUGAUUUGAUAAAGGACCUUAAUCCUACCAAGGAGGAUUGGAGGAUUAAGGUGAGGAUGCUGAGGAGUUGGAAAGUUCCUAUUUUCAAUGUAGGGAUUUUGAUGACAACUUGGAGAUGGUUCUGUUGGAUGAACAGGACGGAUGUUACAUCCAUUGCUGAUGCUGUUAUUCCUGUCCAUGGAUUUGAUUUUGUUCAAUUUGACACAAUUGCGAACGAAGGAGCUGACUCUCCUUAUUUAAAUGAUUUCUUAAAGGACACUGAGAGGAAGUGUAUCAAUGAUAUUAAGGAUGGCAAUGAGGUCAAAACAUGCAACACUUAUGGAACAAUAAAGUCGAUUGAGAACAAGUACAACUGGUGGUACAAAUCAUGCAAGAGAUGUCUGUAUUCUGUUUCUGAAGAUUUUGAGAAAUGUAUUGUAAGAACUGCCAGAAACAUUGGGCGGAUUAUCAUCCAAAGUGAAUUUAGUGUUCAAGAGAGAGUGGUUGACAGUACGGAUUCUGCUUCGUUCAUACUAUUCGAUAUAGACUGUGUGGCUUUACUGGGCAUGAGUGCUGCUGAUUUAUGCGAGAAGCAUUUCAAAAGGGGUGCUGAUUUAGAAACUUAUCCAUCUGAGCUGAACGUUCUCAAUGGAAAAUCCAUGUUGUUUAAGGUGAAUGUGAAGAAAAAUAAUUUACACGCAUACAAUGAGUCGAGAUAUCAAGUAUCAAAAGUUUGCUGCGAUGAAUCGAUUAUUGCAACAUUCCUCAAGUCUGCUGUUGACGAUGAAACAACAUUUGAUAAUGCUGAUGAUAACUGUAUGGUUCCAUCAGAAUCAGAAAAAGAUUUUGAAAGCCAAACCUGUGGGAGUACAAAUGAUGAUGACGUUUCUUUGUCUUUGUUGACACCGUCUGUAAAUUAUAAUGAAUCUAUGGAAGACAAAUUUAAUUGUUCAGUUGUGCGACCAUUGAAAAAGAUAAAACUGGAGAAAGAGUUGAGUGCUACCCCAAAUUUCGGUGCUGAGGUCCGAGACACAGCGCAUGAGAAGGAUGAUGUGUAG